AUGCGGUUUAGUUUGUUUGAGAUACUCACACAUUCAUCACUCUUCUCUUUUGUAGAACAUAUAAUAAGAAGAAUGACAAAGGUAAGCCCUGAAGUUGACAAUGAGAUGCAAAUGCAAGCUGUUUUGUCAGUAUCUGCAGAUGCAAGUUUCACAUCAAACAAGUUCCCAAAAUAUAAAUUAGGUCCAGAUAAUCAGAUUCUUGAUGAAGCAACCAUGGAUAAUAAGGGCCCACCAUUGAAAGAAAUAGUAGCACAUGAAACCGAUCAGCUUUCAGAGCAACAUGAACGCCUCUCAGUUCGUGACCUAGCCAGUAAAUUUGACAAGAAUCUGUCUGCUGCAGCUAAAUUGUCUGAUGAGGCCAAAUUAAGGGAGGUGGCUUCUUUAGAGGGACAUGUGCUUUUAAAGAAACUGAGAGAUGCUUUGGAAUAUUUGAGAGGUCGAUUAGCUGGUAGAAACAAGGAAGAUGUUGAAAAAGCUAUUUCUAUGGUGGAAGCAUUGGCAGUGAAGUUGACUCAAAAUGAAGGGGAGUUGAUACAGGAGAAGUUUGAAGUGAAGAAGCUUGCAAACUUUCUCAAACAGGCUUCAGAAGAUGCUAAAAAAUUGGUAAACCAAGAAAGAUCUUUUGCUUGUGCAGAAAUUGAAAGUGCCAAAGCAGUUGUAAGAAGAAUUGGGGAGGCUCUUGUGGAGCAAGAAAGAGUAUCACAAACUUCAGGAAAACAGGAAAUGGAGGAGAUGGUGGAGGAAAUCCAACAGGCUAGAAGAAUUAGAUUAAUGCAUCAACCCUGCAAGGUGAUGGAUAUGGAACAUGAGCUUCGAGCCUUGAGGCUACAAAUCCAAGAGAAGUCUGCAUUCUCAGUGAAGCUUCAACAAGAGUUACUGCUGAAAAAAUUAACUGAGGAGAACAAGUUAAGUUUAUAUUCUUUAGGAGAUUCAGGAAAUUUGGGUUCAAUUUUACGACUUCAACCCUCUUCAGAAGAAGCCAUGGAGCUCUCAAAAUGUUCAAUUCAAUGGUUUCGUUUAUCUUCACAAUGUAGCAGAAGAGAGCUUAUUUCAGGUGCUAACAAAUCAGUUUACGCCCCUGAGCCUUAUGAUGUUGGACGAAUUUUGCAAGUUGAUAUCAUCUCAAAUGGUCAAAAAUCUACAGUCACCACAACUUCUCCUAUACAACCUGCUGUUGGGUUGGAGAGUUAUGUGGAGUCACUUUCUCGAAAAAGCAACUCCGAAUUUAGUGUGGUGAUCUCCCAGAUGAAUGGACGGAAUUAUUCGUCACAUUCUGCGCAUUUAUUACGUGUCGGGAAAAUGAGAAUGAAGCUUUCAAAAGGAUGGAUUACAAAGGCUAGGGAUGCUUAUUCCUCUACAUCAAUGCAGCUUUGUGGAUUUAGAGGAGGUGGGAAUCUUGCUGGAAAAUCAUUGUUUUGGCAAUCAAGAAAAGGCCAGUCUUUUGUUUUGGUGUUUGAAUCAGAACGUGAAAGGAAUGCUGCGAUUGUUUUAGCAAGAAGACACGCACUUGAUUGUAAUGUGGUGUUGGCUGGACCAGAUGAUCAAGCAUCACUAUAUCUUCUCUGACUUGACUAAUGAAGGAAUGUGAGAUUGAUUAUUUCAUUUUUUUUUUCACGUGUAAUUUUUUGUGUGUUUAUUUUAUUUGUGGGUGUGUUUUAAUUGGGUUUCAACUAAUUUGAUGAUUCGUGCAUCCUUUAUAGGCAUAGUUUUGGUUUGCCUGUUGAUUGGUUGUAACAUUUUUUUUUUUUUUAAAUAGUUGUUCGUUUGCAUCUUAUUUGCAUUUCUAAUAUAACAAUUGAAGUUUUUAAUUUUUAUUUUUUAUCAUUUACAAUUUGAUAAUAUAUUGUCC